UUCCGAUAAUACGUUACUGUAUGAUUCAGAAAGUGAUCAAGUGAAUUGCCUAAAUUAAUAACUAAAAUAUUUAUACUAAUUUGAAUCUGAUCAAUUAUUUCUUCUGGUUGGCGUUUUUUAGCGAGUUAGUUUUCUAUGGGAUGGGGUCGCUAACCUCAUGUCCAACCCUCUUACUUUAUCCGGGCAUGGGACCGGCAGUAGCAUCAAAGGGGCCCCAGGUGAUGAGGAUGAUUGGCAAAGCAAGAGCAGCAUAUCUACAAUUGAAGAACAUCUGCGACUUAAAACAACUGAUAAUCAACAACAAAGUCACAAUUUUCAAUACAGUUCCAGUGUAUGGGGCGAAAACUUGGACAACUGCGAAAACCAUCAUCCAGAUGAUACAAGUGUUUAUCAACAGUUGUCUACGAAAAAUACUUCGGAUCCAUUGGCCAGACACUAUCAACAACAACGUACUAUGCAAGAGAACAAAUCAGAUGUCAGCGGAGGAAGAAACGAGGAAGAAGCGAUGGAAGUGGAUAGGACACACAUUGAGGAAAGCCCCGAAUUGCGUCACAAGACAAGCCCUUCCUUGGAAUCAUCAUGACCAUAAGAGAAGAGGAAACCAAUGAACAAAUUACGCUGAAAAAUGGAGACAGACAUGAAAAGUUUGACCAACCAUUGGAUAGAAAUAGAAAAGGAGACCCAGUACAGAGUGUGUUGGAGAAUGCUGUUCGACUUCCAAUGCUCCAUUAGGAGUAACAGGCAUCAGUAUGUAGGUAAUGAUUGUAAUUUGCGUUUAGUAAGAUCGUUUGUAUUUGAUAGAAUAAAUAGUAAAAUAGACUUUAUAUUUUCGAACAAAACAAUCUUUCAUAACAUUCAAAACAGGUAACACGUUCUUACAAGAUUUAAUUUACAAGUAUGAAACUUGUUUCCUUAUUUUUUGUUCUACUACAACUAAUACAUAUCCGCUUACGUAUAUCAUUACAAAAAUAAAUUUAUCAGAUAUAUUUACAUGUACAAUAUUCAAUCAUUAUUAUAUCAUAACAUGUAAUUUACUCUGGAAUAGUAUUUUCCAAUGAGCUACUUUAGAAACCUUGCUGUGAAUAAAUGAUCAACUAUACAUUUAUACAUUUAUAAUUAUCAUUAACUCGAUCUGGCAUACGAAAUGACUUUAAUUACUCCGUUCAUAAAUCAACUGGCUGUCCAUUUAAGGAUUAUUAAAAAUUCUCGCCUGAUACGUUGGAUCGCUGUAAUACAUGUACUAUUUAAACAAAUACUGAACUAGUAUACGUAAAACUUUCUUCUAUCAUAUGUUUGUUCUCUACAUCUAAUGCUACUAAUUAUAUCAAGCUGGUCAUGCCUGUAAACUGGCGUGAAUUCUGUAAUUUUUGUUUUCAG